CUUUGGCUUGUAAAAAGCUCCGUCCGACACCCCACUACUCAAGCUCCCGUGGCGACGACCAUGUUCAGACUCCCGAAUCCCCUUGAAGGGGUCACAGACGCUGAACUGUGCUCGGAGGAAUUUGCUCAGAAGCAAGACGAAAAGGAUGCUCUAAGCCGUUUCAGGCACGAGUUUAUCAUUCCGACAAAGGGCGACUUGCGCAACAAAAAAUACGGGCCUUAUCGAAAGCAAGAAGUAGAGUUCGGAAACGACGCGAUAGAAGAUGACAAUGACGAGGAAUCGAUAUAUCUGUGCGGUAAUUCACUGGGUCUACAACCGCGCCGGACGCGGGAGUAUGUGGCUCGUUACCUUGACACGUGGGCCUCUAAGGGCGUGUUUGGUCAUUUCAAAAGCCUUGAAGGGGGUCAUCCGCCGUGGUUACAUUUAGAUGAGGCGCUCAAAGAUCAGACCUCAAAGAUUGUGGGAGCACUGCCGAGUGAGGUGGUGGUCAUGGAAACGUUGACUGCGAAUUUACAUCUUCUCAUGUCGAGCUUCUAUCGGCCGACUCUUGAAAGGUACAGGAUCAUCAUUGAGGGCAAAGCAUUCCCAAGUGAUCAUUAUGCUGUGGAAUCACAGCUUGUCCACCAUAACAUUCCCACCUCAGCCCUUAUCACCAUUGAGCCCUCUUCAUCCUCCUCCCCCUAUCUCUCAACAGAACAUAUUCUAUCUGUUAUCUCUCAGCAUGCCGCCUCGACUGCUCUUGUCUUAUUGCCUGGAAUCCAGUUCUACUCUGGCCAGUUGCUUGAUAUUGAAUUGAUCACGCGUCACUGCCGCUCGUUGGACAUAAUCGUGGGCUGGGACUUGGCUCACGCUGUUGGAAACGUACCACUCAAGCUUCAUGAUUGGAACGUAGACUUUGCAGCGUGGUGCAACUAUAAGUACAUGAACAGCGGCCCCGGGGUCAUUGGCGGCCUCUUCGUCCAUGACAGGCAUGGCGGAGUGGAGACAGCAGAUGAUCCACUUGCCUCGCAGUCUGGCAAUCCAACAAACGGCAGCGAUGGCAAGCUUGUAUAUCGACCUAGGUUGAGUGGCUGGUGGGGAAGUGACAAAAGCAGCCGCUUCGAUAUGGAAAAUAAAUUCGUGCCUAUUCCAGGAGCAAGCGGCUUCCAACUCAGCAACCCCAGUGCUCUCGACAUGACAUCUGUCCAGGCGAGUUUGGACAUAUUCGCUAUGACUGACAUGAACGCUCUUCGGCAACGCAGCCUACGUUUGACUGCUUAUCUUGAAGCUCGACUCUUGCGAUACGGGAACGGAACCCCACCUUACAAAAUCAUCACGCCUGUGAACCCCCGAGAGCGAGGCGCGCAACUGAGUUUACUUUUAAACCCCGGCUUACUAGAUCAUGUCUUGACAUACAUAGAAGAAAGAGGAGUGGUUGUUGAUGAGCGGAAGCCAGACGUGUUGCGCGUCGCCCCAGCUCCAUUGUACAACUCGUUCUGGGAUAUCCAUCGCUUCAUUGUCGUCUUCCAAGAAGCAUGCAGGAGGGCCGUUGCCGAGACCAACGACAAGGCCGACAGCGCUUAA